AUGUACGACCUCAUUAAUGGAGCAGAGUGGAAAAGCUAUGAAGAGCGUGUGGCCAAGCUCCUUCCAAGUCUCAAGGAUGCUGUGUUUGAGGCUGAGGACCUUAUCGAUGAGUUCAGAUGGUACGAGAUGAAGGUGCAAGUUGAAGGCCAGGCAAACCAAUCUCCUUUCAUUGACAUCCUUGAUAAGGUCAUUCAUGGCAACUUCUACAAACUGAAUGAUGUUCAAUCAAGGUUGAAUCACCUUUCAAGUCAUCUUGAGAAUAUGGGGCUUCAUGGAGUUAUGCAUCACUUUGAAGAAUUAGUCAGGCCGGAUACCACCUCUUUGUUGUCAAAGGAAACAAAGAUAUUUGGUCGUGGCAAGGAGCUGAAGCAGAUAUUGGGAUCUCUUAAUGUACCAACACAUCCAAAACGCAAGAGAGAAACAAGUUCAAUAUAUGCAUCAACAAGCACAUCAUCAAGCAACCAUGUUAAUGGUGAACCGAUAAUAUCGAGUCUUCCUGUUUUGGUGGUAGCUGGAAUUGGUGGUGUUGGAAAGACUACUUUGGCCCAACAUAUCUGCAACCAUCAACGAGUGAAGUCUCAUUUCGAGCUAAUAAUUUGGAUUUGUGUAUCAGAUGACUUCAAUGCGAAGAGGUUAAGUAAAGAGGUCAUAGAAUCAUGCACUGGAAAUGAGGCAAAGAUUGACAAUUUGGAUUCUCUUCAGCGUGCUCUUUCUAACCACGUGAAAAAUAAAAGGUUAUUGAUAGUCCUUGAUGAUGUGUGGGAUGAUGCUUUGAAGGAUAGUGGGCGGUGUUGGGAGAUGUUUUGUGCACCUUUUACAAGUGUCCAAGAGGGAAGUGCGAUGUUAGUCACCACUAGAUGUCCAAAUGUUACCAAGGCCGUGCACACAAUGGAGCCUGUUAUAGUUGAAGGUCUAAAGGAUGAUGUCUUUUGGAAUUUCUUCAAGUUAUCCGCGUUUGGAUCUGAGGGUUCUAGCAAUGAUCCUGAGUUAGAGCGUAUUGGGAGAAGAAUACUCCCUAAAUUGAAGGGUUCUCCUUUGGCCGCCAAAACUCUAGGGCGCAUGUUAAGAAUGGACCAUCAAGCAUCGCAUUGGAGUUCUAUACUUGAGAGUGAACUAUGGGAGUUGAAACAAAAGGAAACCGAGAUUUUGCCUGCCCUUCGGUUGAGCUACAUGUAUUUACCAUUCUAUUUGAAACAAUGCUUUGUAUUCUGUGCCAUGUAUCCCAAAGAUUACAAAUUUGAGAAGGCAUGCUUAGCUGAAAUUUGGGUAGCAGAAGGCUUUGUGGAGCCUCAAGGUGGUGUUGCCAUUCAAGAUAUUUGCUAUCAGUAUUUUGAAGACCUUGUGUCGCGGUCCUUCUUUCAAAAGGUUAAUGGUCGAUAUGUAAUCCAUGACUUGCUGCAUGACAUGGCACAAAAAGUUUCAGAGCAUGACUGCUUCAUCUUACGAAAUAAGAGUGACUUUGAUAAAGUUCCCCAGAAUGUUCGCCAUCUAUACAUACUCCCUAGCAGUGAAUUUGAUGAUUCCAACUUGUUGAGACUAUGCAAGCACACAAAGCUGCGCACCCUAAUUUGCAAGAUUAAUUUGGGGAAAAGAACAUGCUUUGUAAUGGACCACUGGUGUACUAAACUUACACGUAUGCGUGUGAUGUCUUGUGCCUUCACAAAUGAAUUACCAGAUAGUAUUGGCACCCCUAGUCUUUCCAUUUCUACGGGCACUGGCAACAUUAGAGCACUUUCGUCCCUUACUGUCCUACAAUUUCAGUACUGUGAUAAAUUGUCAACCCUUGAUGAGCUCCUAACAGAAGAAUAUCUACCUGCUAUUGAGGAAAUCCAAAUCAUAAGUUGCCCCGAGUUACUGUCCCUUCCAGUUGAAAGGUUUGUGAGUUUUCCUCAUCUGAAACAUCUUAGGGUUGAUUACUGCCCAAGUCUCAACUGGCAAAGGGGGCUGGUGUUGCCAUCAUAUCUCAAGGUGCGGAUAUCUGAGUGUCCAAUGUUAGAGGAAGUGGAUGAAAUCAACAGAAGACCCGCCUAA